AUGCGUUUCAAAUUGAAAUCUAGUUAUAUAGAUGAUAAGGACAACCUUGCAAUAUACUAUGUGGUAAUACCUUGUGUUGUGUUGUCCUUGUUAAUUCAUCCAAUAACCUGGCAUCAUCCACUUAAUAGGAUUCUCUGGGCAUUUUGUGUUUAUCUUGAAGCUGUUUCUGUUCUCCCUCAGCUACAAGUCAUGCAGAACACUAAGAUUGUUGAACCAUUCACAGCACACUAUGUUUUUGCUCUUGGAGUUGCAAGUUUCUUGAGUUGUGCACAUUGGGUCCUCCAGGUUUGUCAAAAUUUGAACUCCUCUAAGUUUUUAUCACCUAAUUCUGGAAAUACGUAUACAAAUUUAUUGUAAUAUCCCAGAGAUGUUUGGUAUGGAGAAUUUCAUAUUUAAA